UGGACCGUGGAGCUAGCCGCCUGCGGAUGCCGAGCCAUGGCCGCCGCGCUGCCGCCGCCUGCCGCCGCUGCGGGGAACGAGACGCUGCGAGCGCAUUACAGCUACGUGGGGAAGCUGCAGGGCAGGCUGAGGGACCCCUCCGAGGGCAGCACGCUCACCACCGUCCUCUUCCUGGUCAUCUGCAGCUUCAUCGUCUUGGAGAACCUGAUGGUUCUGAUCGCCAUCUGGAAGAACAAUAAAUUUCACAACCGCAUGUACUUUUUCAUUGGCAACCUGGCGCUCUGCGACCUGCUGGCAGGCGUGGCCUACAAGGUCAACAUCCUGAUGUCCGGCAAGAAGACGUUCAGCCUGUCGCCCACCGUCUGGUUCGUCAGGGAGGGCAGCAUGUUCGUGGCCCUGGGCGCGUCCACCUGCAGCUUGCUAGCCAUUGCCAUCGAGCGGCACCUGACCAUGAUCAAGAUGCGGCCCUACGACGCCAAUAAGAAGCACCGCGUCUUCCUGCUCAUCGCCACGUGCUGGCUCAUCGCGUUCUCGCUGGGCGCGCUGCCCAUCCUGGGCUGGAACUGCCUGCACAACCUCCCCGACUGCUCCACCAUCUUGCCCCUGUACUCCAAGAAGUACAUCGCCUUCUGCAUCAGCAUCUUCACGGCCAUCCUGGCGACCAUCGUGAUCCUGUACGCGCGCAUCUACUUCCUGGUCAAGUCCAGCAGCCGUAAGGUGGCCAGCCACCACAACUCGGAGCGCUCCAUGGCCCUGCUGCGCACCGUGGUGAUAGUGGUGGGCGUAUUCAUCGCCUGCUGGUCGCCGCUCUUCAUCCUCUUCCUCAUCGACGUGGCCUGCAGGGUGAAGGAGUGCCCUGUCCUGUUCAGGGCGCAGUGGUUCAUCGUGCUGGCCGUCCUCAACUCCGCCAUGAACCCCGUCAUCUACACGCUGGCCAGCAAGGAGAUGCGGCGCGCCUUCUUCCGUCUGGUCUGCACCUGCUUGGUCAGGGGCCGGGGGGCCGGCGCCUUGCCUGUCCAGCCGGCUCUUGACCCAAGCAGAAGCAAAUCAAGCAGCAGCAACAACAGUAGCCACUCCCCGAAGGUGAAGGAAGACCUGCCCCACGCGGCCGCCUCGUCCUGCCUUGUGGACAAAACGCUGCAGAACGGGGUCCUCUGCAAGUGAGCGGCUCCACGCAUCUCGCGCUGCAGCCCCGAUCUUAUUUAUUGCGUGCAUCCCUGCCUCCACCUGGGCCUUCCUGUGCUCUCGCUGGGGAGCCUAUUUGGUGAUGCCCGCCAGUCUGCCCUGUGUGGAUGUCGCCCUAGGAAGGGGACCCAGGGGGCCGCCCACCUAUCCCAUUGUGGACCACGUGCCUUGUCAGCCUGAGGCUCCGGGGAAUCUGAAUGCAUUAAGCUGCUGACGUCACCCGCUCCCUCCCACUGGACCCAGGCCUGCUCUUCUUGUCCCAGAGAGGCAGUCAUGGACCACCCGGUGCCCUGUGUUUCUCCCUGUGCCCUGGUCAGCAUUCUACACUACGCGGACUGCACAUACGAUGGACACUUCUGUAUUCGUACCUUUUUACAUCAUGCAGAAUUCCCGUUCUAGGUCUUUGCCUUGUGGUACCUCCCUAAAGUCUGGACACGCCACACAGCUGUGUAACAAGUCGUAUAGGUGUGUUCUGACUGCACCUCCAGGUACAAGGACGUGGUCGUGACAUGUCAGGUGGACAUGCCAUCCCUGGUCUCCUUGGACUGACAUUAAGUCUCAAAGUUAGAAGAUUUGAAGGCCCUAGUUCAAGGCCGGCCCCACACAUGUAAGACUGACCCAAGCCAGCCCUGUGAUCCUUUGCUUUUGUGUCCCUGGCUAAGCGUAAGCACAUCCAAAAGCCAAACUGUGUGACUAUGCUGGAGUUACUGCAAACCACGGAAGAGCCAGCCAAAUUCUUGCAGGAGUUGGAGCCCUUGACCCAUCAGAGAAAGACCUACCCCCCGGAGGCACAGGCAGAGGCUGACCUCUGGCCUGGGCAGCCAUGGUGUGUUCAGUGUGACUGGGGUGUCCCUGCAAGAGAGGAGGCUUCCAGGACAGCACUGUGGUUCCACGUGGGGUUUGUGUAUGAAAAGCACCAAGGCGGCACCAUGCACGCUGUGGCCACCUGGUGGCCAGAGCUAUCAGCAGAGUCAUGGCCUGAAAGCCAUGAGCUUUUUAGGUUGGGGGAGCUUUUUAAGUUGGGAGGUGUGAGCUCUCCAUGCCUGCAUGGUCCUGCAGUUUCACUUCCCGACAAAAGUCGAAGCCAUGUCACUCUGUUUCCCAUACAAAGAGACGAUGCACGCGUGCCCCUCCCUGUGGAUUCUCUGUGCAACAUGCAAGAGUGAAAAUGGGAACGCCUUGUAGCACAGGCACAGGCACCAGUUGCUGUGCUGAGUACUUGGUGAGAAUGGGCACAGAGCCAACUUGUAGAAGGACCCUGCCCCUUGGGUGACCCUCACACCACCGCCCCCUGUUGUUUUCUGCGUUCAGUGAGAAGGUUGCCUAAGACUUAAAGGGGCACAGUUAACUCCUGGUUGCCGUCUGACGCAAGGUACUCCCACAGGAGAGCAUUCCCAUGCGUCCUGGGUCACCUCCACCUACUGACCAAAGACUUCCCCGAUUCUUGUUCCUAACGACACAGAACCUACUGGUGUGGAGAUGCUCCUUGGGGCUUUCUUUGUUGCCUUCUCUACAUCACUGAAAACUAGUUGAUUCUCUCAUCAAAUAGCAUGAGAAAGCCACAGGGCAUUUCUAGAAAAGAUUGGUGGUUAAGCCCAAGCAUUCAGUGUUGCCUUCCCACAUCGCUAACAAGAGGAGCUUGCACUUUGUGUCACAGGUACGAGUCGCUGUGGGGGCCCUGGCUCCCUCUGCCACUGCUCUUAGGAACACCACCACGCCCGCUAACCCAGCUUCCAUGCGUCGUGAGUUUUAGCUUGCACCAAAGCUGUCAGGACUUGCCGUGUGAUGUCGGCCCCUGCGGGAUGACACCAAUCUGAAUUAAAGACAUACCAACCACAGUAACUGUGCUUAGCUGAUAGGUGCCAGACAGUUCCCUUUGAACCCCAUCUGUGUGUUCCCCCCCAGCCUGUCGGUGGUAACUUAGAAGCUGUGCAUCUCAGACCCUCACCUAGAAGUCCAGAAACAGGUGAUCUUAGACGCCGCCGAGUAUCUGUGCAUUGGAUCUCUCUUCAGUUAGCAACCUGUACUAUUUCCAAGGUAGGUUUGUUAAAAAACCAAAUAAAACC